AUGGCGUCGGAUUUGAAAGAGAAGAAGAAGAUGACCUGCAAACGCUUUUUGCGCAAAUUUUUCAAAUUUCUGUUCUCUAACGUUGGACUGUUAUGCCUCUUGGUUGGAUAUACUGUGAUGGGCGCUUAUGCAUUCAUGAUGCUUGAAGGCGAAGUGGAUACGGACCCAAAUGCUAUUGACAUUGAGAAGGUACAACACGAUUUUAUCGAAGGGUUGUGGAACUUAACAGAGGAACAGAGUCAUAAAGGCAAUUGGACGGAAACUGCUUUGCAGAUGUUAAACAAUUUCACUAUAAUACAUAAUGAGUAUGAGAACAGUCAGUCAGCUCUCGAUGUGGAUGAUUGGAGCUUUCUUGGCUCUUUGGUAUUCUGUGUAACGGUUAGCACAACAAUUGGAUAUGGUUACACGGCUCCUGUCACUAUGGGUGGUCGUAUCUUCUGUAUGAUCUACGCUACCUUCGGUAUUCCUCUAAUGUUUGUCGUGCUCAUAAAUGUGGGUUCGUUAUUUGCCGGGAUGGCCAAGUGCGCAUGCGCAUGUACCAUGUGCAAGAAACAGAGCAAAAUACAGCCAAUAAAUUCAAAAGACGGCAAAUGGGCUAAAAAGAUCGACACUGCAGAGUUCGAAAAGUCGACUGAAAAGAUACCAAUGGACGUCCCAAAGCACAUCAACAUUAAGGACAUUGCUGUAGAAGAAAGGAAACUUGAUAACGAGGCCACUAAGAAUUUCCAAGUACCAAUUAUCGUAAUUUUGAUGGUGGUGACGGGUUACAACUGCCUGGGAAUGCUCUUGUUUUCCAUCUACACGGACUGGACAUACCUCGAAUCGUUUUAUUUCUCGUUUAUCACGCUGAGUACCAUCGGUUUUGGCGAUCUAUUUCUUGCAGACACGUCUAAUGUCGGAUUUCUGGUGAUUUCUGCUCUCUACAUGUUAUUCGGAUUAGCGGUCGUCUCCAUGUGUAUUACAUUGCUACAGGAGCGAUUUGUGUCUCUGGCAACUUCGAUCGGAAAGGCAAUCGGGUUGGUGAAAGAAGAGGAUGAGUAA